ACUCAGACAGUUUUAGUUUUUAGGGUUUAAGCCUGCGCAUUGUCCAUUUCCAGUUACCAUUAUCAAACCAUCUCUCUCUGUUAUUUCUCCUUCUCUGUUCUGCACUGCUCUUACCAUGUGGGCUCUUCAUCGAACUUCUCUCCGUCUCAGGAGCCAAGGACUUAAUACAGGAGCUUAUCGUGCUUCUUGGGUCAAGUUAGUGCCAACCAUUUGUGCGGAAAAAGAGGCUGGUGUCGAUCAGUCUCGUCAAAUAACAUAUGGUAGAUUAAUGUCAAUAAACACAUUUCACUACACAAGCCGUGCUUCCCCAAAAUUUUCUACUUGCAGGCGUGAACAUUCCUCGCGAGCUGGUGCUAGUAUCAUGAAAGACAAGGACGAUGAUUUGGAAGAUGGGUUGUCGGUGCUGGAGAUACAUGGAAGCAACUGUGAAUCUGAAGCGGGACUGUCUUGUGAAAAACCACAUGAUGAACUGGAGUUAUCAACUGAUUAUGUCAAGUCUCUAAAAGUGUCUUCAAAGAGAACAUCACUAGUUGGAGGGAGUUCUCUUCUAAAGUUGUGCAAUGGAUGUUACUCACGUAACAUUGUGGAAUGUGCUAAAGGCAUUAAUGCAUGGAGGUCUAUCAGCACUGCUGCUGAGAGAUCAGAUUUUCAGCUUUCUGGCAGUUAUCAAAAUGAUGAUUCCUUAGCUUGCCAGCAAAAUCAUGCUAGGUUCUAUCCAGAAAAACAAAAUAUGGUUGAUUCAAAUAAGUUACUGAAUAAGCAAAAACCUGAUUAUGUUGCUCAAGCAAAUCCAAGUGGGUCUUAUUGGAAUAAUUGUGCUAGUGCAGAGCAAAUUUCUUAUGGAGCUGGUCAGAUUGCAAAUGAUGUUCAUGUAAAUGUGACGCAAAAUGUACAUAAUUUGGUGGGACAUAAUGGUAGUGUCAAUGGUUAUUUUGGUCAAGGUGACAUGAAAAUUCAGCAAAACGUUGGGGUAGGUGUUAAUAAUUUGUGGGGCUCUAUGAUGCAUCCAAAUGCAUUUGUUGAGAAACAUAGUUGGACGCAGGAACCAGGACACAGGAUACAGUCUCCCAAUGUAUAUAGUUCAUCCAGGCCUGUAGAGUCACAGGAAAAUCUUAGAGGGAACCUAAAUCAAAACAUUGGCCGAUUUCAACAGUCACCAAAUGAUCGUUUAGGAGGGAGUAAUGACAUGCAUCAACAAUACUUAGGUUCAGGACAGUCUGUACAGUGUCUAAAAGAUGGUCAGUAUUCUCCAAACUUGAAUACUGUACACAGAUCAAUGGUUAGUUCUCACGUGUCAAGUAAUGCAAAUCCCAAUUAUGGUGAAUCAGCCGAGGUAUCUAAUGAUAGUUCUUAUAGAGGUACACUUGAGGAACUAGAUAAUUUCUGCAUGGAGGGUAAAGUGAAGGAAGCAGUUGAAGUUUUGGAUUUGUUGAAAAAGCUACAUAUUCCUGUGGAUUUGCCUCGAUAUUUGCAAUUAAUGCACCAAUGUGGGGAGACCAAGUCUCUUGAAGAGGCAAAAAUUGUGCAUAGACAUGUUCUGCAACAUCUGUCACCUCUCCAAGUCAGCACAUAUAAUAAAAUAUUGGAGAUGUAUUUAGAAUGUGGUUCUGUAGAUAAUGCAAUUGAUCUUUUCAACAGUAUGCUAGAGCGCAAUUUGACUACUUGGGAUACUAUGAUAACGCAACUUGCUAAGAAUGGGUUUGCAGAAGAUUCAAUUGAUCUAUUUACUCAAUUUAAAAACUUGGGACUGAAACCUGAUGGGCAGAUGUUCAUUGGGGUUUUUUCUGCAUGUAGUAUGCUGGGAGAUAUUGAUGAGGGAAUGCUGCAUUUUGAAUCCAUGAACAAGGAUUAUGGCAUUGUACCAUCUAUGGCCCAUUUUGUCAGUGUAGUAGACAUGAUUGGCAGUAUUGGGAAUUUGGAUGAAGCCUUUGAAUUUAUUGAAAAGAUGCCAAUGGAGCCAAGUGCUGAUAUAUGGGAGAGACUGAUGAAUCUCUGUAGAAUCCAUGGAAACAUAGAGCUGGGGGAUCGUUGUGCUGAACUAGUUGAGCAGCUAGAUCCUUCUUGUUUAAACGAGCAAUCAAAAGCUGGCCUUGUACCUGUAAAAGCUUCAGACUUGACAAAAGAGAAAGAAAAGAAGAAAUUAUCAAGCAAAAAUCUUCUUGAAGUAAGGAGCCGAGUCCAUGAAUAUAGAGCAGGAGAUACUUCUCAUCCAGAAAAUGAUAAGAUAUAUGCCCUGCUUAGAGGUUUGAAGUCUCAAAUGAAAGAAGCUGGCUAUAUUCCAGAGACAAAAUUUGUGUUGCAUGACAUAGACCAAGAAGGCAAAGAAGAAGCUCUUCUUGCCCAUAGUGAGAGACUUGCUGUUGCUUAUGGUCUCCUUAGUAGUUCUGUUCGCUCACCGAUCAGGGUGAUUAAGAACCUUCGCGUUUGUGGUGAUUGCCACACAGCACUGAAAAUUAUUUCUAAGAUUGUGGGCAGAGAACUUAUCAUUCGAGAUGCUAAAAGAUUCCACCAUUUCAAAGACGGGCUAUGCUCCUGCCGGGAUUAUUGGUGAAUGUAAACUUGGGUAUGGUAGUGGUAACGUUUGGAAGAUCUUUACCAAUUUGUUUGACUACUUUCCGUUUACAGCAUUGGUUAGUAUACUAUUACAUAAUUUUGGAAAGAACUGUAGGAUAUUUUGUUUUUGUCUUUUUGGGGUUGUUAGCAUGUUCGUUAGAUUGUCAUUGUUCUCAGCUCCUUGUACACUUCGAUCUUGGUACUCUUGAUUAAGCAGGCUUCUUUUGAGUUGUGUCUUUAUUUCUUGUUUCCCUGCUCUGAAGAACAUGCUCCUGAUGCUUCUUACUCUUGAUACUUUUUCAGUAAGCUUCAUGAUAUACUGCCUAAUCAAUUGCAGUUCACAUAUUUCACUUUGUUUUCCAAGUUUUCAAUAAAUCAAUCUUGCUAAAGUGACAUGUUCUCUUUUGUGGAUUGAAAUACUUGAAUCUGAAAUAUUGUCACCAUCUAUUGAAACCCUUGAUAACAUUUGAAAUUUUGAUCGAGUGUUAGAAGUUCCUCAUGACUCAUGAGGGACCCAUGUGUCAUUUUAUGGUCUGAUCCAGAUGAUCGUUGGGGUUGGCACAUCCCUCCUAAAGGUGCUGGACCUGGAUAUACCUUUGGCCAGGUAAUCCAGUUCGUUGUGUAUAUUGUUUUACCUGUCAUCAUUACUUUUUGUUGAUUGUUAAUGUAUAUUGCUUUUACAGGACAUAUCUGAACAAUUUAACCAUACCAAUAACUUGAAGCUGAUUGCUAGAGCUCACCAGCUGGUUAUGGAAGGAUGUAACAGAUCAUGUAAAUACUUUGUCAUGUAGUUUGUUUUUGUUAUUCAGACGUGGUGGUAAAUGGUUGAUUUAUAGUGCCUCAUUGCUGGAUCAAAAGUUGGUUACCAUAUUUAUUACACUUGUGGGAACAUGACAUCAAUCCUUGAGGUCGAUGACUGCAAAGAGCACAUUCAUUCAGGUUGAGCUUCUGCUUUUGUUACCACCUACUUAAGCACUUCGCAUUUAGUAAUUCCCAGAGUUAUUUUUUAGCUGGUUCCAUUGAGCAAUGUAGUGGAUCUGUAACCAUGUUCAGUCUUUGGUACGUAAAGUUGUUUUAAUUUGAUCUUUGGUACAUGUAUGUAUUAAUACUAGUUCCCUUACACUUCAACUUACACUAAGAAAUUACAUAUAUCUAAGUCCAAACCAAUAGUUUUACAUAAUUAAUGAGCUUACUUUUUUGGAUAUGAAUUAACCGAUUUUUAUUAAAAAUAAAAACUUAUAUUACAAUUGAUUGGAAUCUAAAAAAAUUAGAUAAUUUUAACAUUUUCCCCAUUCAAAUCUUUACCAUUAUUUUCAAAAAGCGAAGAGAAAUCACAAGGGGAGAGAGUUUAUAAGAAAGUGGACAAAGAAUAAAUGAGUGUAAAGAUUAGCUGCUGUUAUUCAAGAAAAAUAAUAAAUUAAUUAUUCUAUUUAUUUAACUAGUAUCAUUAACGGGCCCUAAUAAUCUAUUUAAAGUUGCAUAUUUUAGAAAUUUCGACCUAUAAAAAGUGAGAUGGGAAAUCUUCAGACGUCGCUUAAAUUUCUUGAACUUGCCUCAUUUUUUCAUUUAAGGAAAUUUUGCAUUUACUCCUUAGUAGAUCAUCCUUUUAGUUUUCUUUUGAACAAAUUUUAACCAAUGUAAACUAUUAACUAAUUCAUAAUCAAUAACAAUAUAUUAGUUUAUGGUAACUUGUAAAUUAUCACAAAUUAUAAUUAGUCAUGCCAUUAUCUUUAGCUCUUCAACAAAUUUUCAAUAGUCAUUUUUUCAUCUUUACGCAUCAUUUUAACAUUAUCACAUAAUAACUAUUGUUUUGGGUUCUACGGUUCUUCCAUUAAUAUAAAACUUUUUAUGAAUUCUUAGCAGUAUUUAUUAUUAUAUUGUUCAUAUUUACGCUUCAUGAAUAUCAAACUACUUCUGCCUUCUCUAAAAUUAACAUGACAAUAGAGUUUCGUUUUACACAGGUAAACUUGAAAUGAUAAGUAGUAUAUUAACUAUCUUUUGAAAGGUAUCUCUUAAAUAGAAACAGAACAAGUACUUAUUUAUUUUUCUACUAAUUCUAGUGUAUCAUCUAUGUGCUAAUUAAUUCAAUGUCAACAAUGAAUUAAAAACUCAACACCGAAAAAUUGUAGAAUAUAAUAUGGUCAAGUGGUUAUAUAAUUAAUAUGUAAAGACUAAAGCAUACAAAAGAGAUUUUUUCUUUUUUACACGGGAACUAAAAAAGAAAAAUAAGGAUCGCAAUUAUUCUAGCCAAAGGCUUAUUUAUCAAAUAAAUGCUUUAUAAAAAAUGAAUUCCUAAACUAUUAUUUUGAAACUAAUUUUGUCGUCGUCUUUUUUUUUUGUUUCAUUGGAUACAAUACUUUAAGAAAAUAUAUUGCCUCUUUCAAAUAUGAUACUUCCUCUGAGGCUGACACAUGUCACCUAUUAACUGUGUUUCACAUUUGUAGAAUGUGAUAUUUGUUUAAACGAUUAGGAUCUAACCAUGAGUCAAUAAGGGAAGUAAUAUUGUCUUUGUAAUGUGCAAUACUAAUAUCUCUUUUUGUAUGAGAAAUAUUAGUCUUACCCAUUACACAAUCAGUACUUGUUUCCUAUGAUAUUUCAGCGAACUUUUUGAUUGCCGCUCUCAUCUACUACUUCACUGCCUCUAGAAAAACUAAUCACUCCAAUAACUUUAACACUAACACCUGUACCACUUUAAGACAUAACAAAGACUUAACACACACAAUAUUCUCAUCUACAAACUUCUCCAACAUCAAACUCAUCACUUCCACAGGUACAUUAACUUUUCUUAUAUAAAAUUAGGGUUUCGAAUUUUAUCGAUUAGGGCACUGAUUUAUUAAAAAAAAUAAAAGGAAAAGAAAGUGCAUUAAUGUACUGAAGAAAGAAAUUGAGAUGAGAAACAUAACUUGUUUGAGCAUUUUCAGAAGUUCCAGAGAAGAAAUAUGAACAUGUUCUGAAGAAUCAAAGAUGUGGGAUUUGGUAGUGGAUUGCUCGGUCCUCUUCUUAUGCUUGUGAACAUUUCUUAGAAGUUUCUUUAUGCCUGACAUAAUAGAUGAACUCAAGAUCCAACUAAAAAAUUCAUCAGAUUUUUUUAUUUUUUAUUUUUUAAGUUCAAGGAGGAAGGGGAAUAGAUAAAGGGCAAGAGGAGGAGCAGAAAAGAUAACAUUUUUGUUGGAUGUUCAAAGGAGGAAGGAAACGAAUCGUGGAGACGUGAAUGAGAGAUAAGAAAAGGGAAAAAAAAAGUUUAUCAGAAAUAUAUUGGAGGUCAUCUGAAUGAAGAAGACAUCUUUUAAGAGAGUUAACAUAUUUUACGAAAAAGGAUUUAUUUAAAACAUUUUUCCAAUUAAUGAAACUAAAAUGAGAAGAAAAAAAAGUUAGAGAGAGAAAUAUUGAAACAAACUCGAGUUAAGGGACCACUUUAUUAAUUUC